AUGAAAGAAUUACUGGCGCUCGCUCGACCAGUUCGAAGAUCAACGGGAGUCAAGGUGAACAAGGUGACCAUACACGGUAUGGCGACCGAUGCUGAUCUACAUGUCCUUCUUGGACCUAGAGAGCGUAUGAAAUUCAACAUGAUUGCUCUGCGAGAGACGAAGAGCAGGAGGAGCGGCGUACGACAGAUGAAUGUUGGUACCCUUGUCAUCCGGAGGGAAGGAGAAAGUCUUCGACAGCUUAGAAACGAAUGCUAUACUGUUAGCGCCAGUCAAUGUAAGUGUGGACGCAUCGUAUUUGAAGACAUUAGCCAAUUGCUACGAUCGAUGUACAACUACUAUACAGCUCUUCCACCGCCCGCUCAUCAUAACCGUUGGGAAGCGGGAAAUUUUGUCAUACGUGUAUCUCGUACUUACCAUGAAUAUGGAGAAGGACCUGAAGUAAGAACUGAAAAAAGUAUGAGAGAGGCUUGGGCAACAUUCGCACGCAUCAAGGAAGCUAGGGACCAACUGACGGACCAAGAGCUGCGUGACCAUCUGUUCGACUUGACAGCGCUCCAUUACAUAGCGAAGACCAUCGUCUGUCUUCGCGACGCAGCGGAACACACAUCGAAAGCAAAGCAUAGAUGGGCCGGUAACAUUAUGAGAAGAAUCAAAGAAGCUGAAAGAAGAAGCCAAAAGAACGGUAGAGUGAAUCCCAAAAGGAACAUCUUCAAUGACAUCUUGGAUGGCGAGGGAACGAAACGAAUGGAAAAGAUGCUGGGACCCGCACGUCCAGUGAGACGGGCCAUCUCAGCAAAGGCAGACAUGUCGAUUGAUCUACAAAUGGCGUACAUUUAUACGGUAAUCAACGGUCAUCCAUAUCCACCAUUGUAUGACUGUUCGAACAGGACAACAGAGGAAUGGUAUGCUACCGGAUCAGAGGAAUGGCCACUUGGAAUUUAUUUCCUCGUUACCGGAGUUUUGUUAGAGAUACUGUAUCUUCCCUGCCUUGCAACCAUGUGGAAAUUAAACUUGCUGACUAGUUCAUGCUAUAAAAUUAUGUUUUUCCUCGGAUGUCUGGAUAUGUCAUCAGUUUUUGUGAAUUCAAUAAUGACAGGAUAUUUUGCCAUAAGAGGAGCCGUGUUCUGUACGAAUCCACUAACUUUGCUCUCAUUGGGAGCGUUCGGAUGCGGAUUUGUAUGCGUCAUUUAUCUGACUGUGAAUCGUACUAUUCGACGAGGAGUCAUCGACCUUUUAGUACCAAAGAAAUAUGUGGGACGAGUUCAUGCAAAACUUGCUCCAACAACACGUGCAUCCGAUAAUCGCACUCAUAGCGAUGCUCAUUUGACAUAG